AGAGGAAUAGCGACCGACCGACCGGAAUACAUUUUGAAACGUUCCCUAAGAGUUAGAAGCAAUAAAGAUUAUCUUAAGUGGUAAUUAAUACUUAUAUUUAAAAAACAAAUUAUUAUGAAAAAGAAGUUAAUUUUAAUCUUCGCUGUCUUCAUCCUCAUCCGUAGACGUCAACCGAAAAAUGAAAUCAUUUUAAUUUAAUAAACGAAGGACCACACGUACAAAUAAUCAUGUUAAAGGAUAUCAUCGUCAAUUGAAUGCGUAAGUGUUGUUUUCCAUAGGAUAUAUUCAGCAGUUCUCAUGAUCUGUUUCUAUUUUCAGCCAUAUUGGAAUUCAUCCAAACAUUUAGAACUGGAUAAUGAAUGUUCAAAAAGCAGAAGAACUAUCAGCUAUACGCGUAUGGAAGAAGAAGACGAACAAGGCCGAUCAACAAGAAAAAGACAAAAAAAAACACGAUGUUGAUCACGAUAUUCAUCUGGUUUCUGCCAGACAAGCAUUAUUGAGUGAAGAAAUAGACUUACGAGGGACCUUUUCCAACUGUCUAAUCGUUUUUUGGUCGAAAUCUAGUAGGUUAUAGGUUAGCGAUCACUAGGGAUGUUAACUUAGUUUUAUUGUUCAUUUAUAAUAAUGGAUAAAAGUAAAUGAAUCAUUUACUUAUUUACUUAUUUAAAAAUAUAAAUGAAUCAUUUACUUUUAUAAAAUAAAGAUAAUUUUUUUUCAUUUAUUUACAUUUAUCUUUUAUAUAUAAAUGACGACUUUAUCUUUAUUUUUUUAAGUAUAAAUGAUUCAUUUACAUUUAUUUUCCAAAGUAACACUAAAUUAACACCCUAGCGAUCACGCUGAUUCCGAAUAUCUAUAUGAGACGGAUCGCCAGGCCUUUCUAGAGCGGUUUUCGAAAUUCUAAUAAAAAUGAGACACUUCUAUAUGACCUUUCCUUACAAAGUUAUAGAAUUUACAAGAAAAGGCCUGGAUUAAUUUCUUCCUAUUUCUGUAGCUUUGAGCUGACAGUGAACAUUUAGGGCUUUUCUUGUAAAUUCUAUAACUGUGCAAAGAAAGGUCGUGCGGAGGUGGGACAUCUCCCAUUUUGGUCAGAAUUUCGUGGGCUACAAUCGCGAUCUAUUAAGAGAAAGUUUUAGAGACUUUUUGAGGUUUCAGGAAAACUAGUUUUCCCGAAAAUCAGGAACAUAGGAAGGCCUAGCGGCUCGGUUCAUAUAGAUAUUUGGAAUCAGCGUGGUCGAUAACCUAUAAUCCUCUAGGUUUCGGCCAGAAAGCGAUAGACAGUUAGAAAGGUCCCUCGUUAGAAGAAUAUCAAAGACUUUGUCGUCGUCAUUUUGCAUACAAUUAUUUGGAAGUGUUUAAGAAAACUAGUGAUUCGGAUAUUAGCACGAAUGAGGAUGAAGACAACGAAGAUUAAAACUAACUUCUUUUUCAUAAAGAAUUUAUUUUUUAAAUAUAAGUACUAAUUACCACUUAAGAUAAUUUUUAUUGCGUCUACCUCUUAUUUAAUUUAAUUUUCAUUUGGAAUAUAGAAAUGAGAGAUAGUUGUAUCUCUUUUGAGAAGUUCAAUUUCUUGCCAAAAUAUUCGUUUCUCAAACGAGAUACUUUUUAAUUGAUUAAAAUAGAUACAUUGUAAAAUAUGGAGUUGUAUCUCUUUUGAGACGUAGCAAAUAUGCAGUGUAUGAUUUAGAAUAUCAGGCGAAUAUCAUAUUCUUUUCACAGGAUUAAUUUUGGUGCAACGAACGUUUUAUGCAAAGAUAAUAUAUGAUUAUUUAGACAAGCGUACCGAUAUCAAGGUACAUACUACUGCUAUUUUAACGUGAAGAAAAAAUGACAGAUUUCUAUUAACUUUUAGAGUUUUGUGAGACCAUGUUGGCUCGUCGGACAAAAUGGCAGUGAUUAUACUAAAACGAUCAAUGAACAAGAUGAAACAUUAAAAAUAUUUCGAAAUGGUCAAUGUAAUGUCAUGAUAGCAACGAAUGUGGUGGAAGAAGGGUUAGAUGUGCCACAAUGUUCGUAUGUUAUUCGAUAUGAAUAUGUUUCAAAUGAAGUUGGAACCAUACAAGCAAGAGGCCGGGCACGAACAGAGAAUAGUGCAUAUUAUCUUAUUACGGCCGAAGAAUCUUUAAAUCACCUUCGAGAGGAAAUGAAUCGUUAUAAAGAGGAAGAAAUGGAUUUAGCUUUAAGUGAAUGGAAAAAUACGUUACCAGAUGUGAUAAAACGAAUCAUACAACGAGAAAAAAUCAAUCUUAAUGAAAUACAAAUAUCAGAAGCAAUGAAAACUGCUCAUCGUUCUUCAAUUCGUCUAUCAUCUACAAUUGUUAAUGGAAAUUUAUCAUGUCGUUCAUGUGGUUAUUAUCUUGGUGAAAUCGAUUGGUUACGAAAACGAAAACACAUUUAUUUUGUUUAUGAUGAAGAACUAUUUAAGCGUGUUGAAAUUGAACGAAAGAAUAAACCAGAACACAAACACGAAAUACAACUUAAUGGUAAAGUAUUAUGUGGUAAUAGACAAUGUCGCGAAAAAUUAGGCGGUGCUCAAUUGUUCACAGAUCGUCCAGACAUACAAGAAAUGUGCGCAUUGAAAUGUGAUGCAUUAAAAUUCUGUUGCGUUGAUGAAAACAAUGAGCUUUCGACAACAUUUAUCAAGAAAAAAUGGGCUGACUUACCAUUUACCAUAGUAGAUUUAGAAGAAAUUAAACCACCAGUGUAUGCAGAAAAACAAUAA